GAAGGCGCGUGGGGGGGAAUGGAAAGAGAGCCUGCGGGAAAAGGGCCAACAAGCGGCAUACCUCACUUUUGGUUGACAGCUUUUAAAAAUGUGAAGAUCCUUGGGAGGAUGAUCCGAAAAAAUGAUGAACCUGUACUCGAGCACUUGAAAGAUGUAAAAAUUAAAUUUUCAGGGUUCAAGGAACCAAUGAGCUUCACCAUAGAAUUUAUCUUCAAGUCCAACGAAUACUUUCUCAAUGAAAUCCUGACUAAAACAUACCAAAUGCGAUCAGACCCCGAUGAUUCCGAUCCCUUCCUCUCCAAAGGCCCAGAAAUUAUCAGCAGCACAGGAUGUGAGAUCUACUGGAAAGAGGGGAGAAAUGUCACCAUGAAAACGAGCAAGCUGCAGAAAUGUGAGGACCGCAGAAGCAUUGUAUCCACCACCAAGAAGACGCCCCGCUAUUCUUUCUUCACCUACUUCUAUCCUCCUGAUUCUCCUGAGGGCAGAGUAGUCGAUGUCGCCACCGAUUUUAGAUUGGGCUAUUUUUUCCGUGAAGUUCUGGUCCCGAAGUCCGUAUUAUUCUUCACCAAUGAAGCCAGCGAAUAUAAGUGUGGAAGCUCUGAUGAUGAGGCCCGAGAAGCUGGAGGUGAGGAAAAGAAAGCAGAAGAGAUCAGAAAUGAAGAACCUGAAAAGGGGCCUGAAAAGCAUCUGGGCCCGGGAGAGAGCAGUUCCUGAGAACCCAGUUGUGAGACUUACAAAGUCACAAUGGAGGAAUAAACAAUGAUUUUAUUCUGUAUGGAUUUGAAAUUUUCUGCUUUUCAAUAGCCCAUAUGAAUUUUAACACUGGUUUUGUUGCAGAUAUCAUCACAGAAAAAUUGAUAUCCAGCAACAUCUGACGUUUACCUUUCUCAGAUAAA